AUGGAUCCCAAAGCUGAAGAUCUAGUUCAAUUAUCCGGCAACUGCCAAGAUACUCGCCCUUUAUCUGCGGAAAUUGCCGAGUUCCUCCGGGAAUUCUGUGAGACACUUGCGCCAACAGCUCCAGCUGCACCAGAGCCCCAGAUCUGCAUGCCUGUGACUGCCCGCGGUGACGAGAGCCAGCAUGAGUCCAUUCAGAACCAGGUGAUGGCUCCUUUGACGCCCACAAUGACAGUUUCUGCAUGUUCUAAUAUCCCUGGGACAGUCCUUGACCAGAACUCAAUAACUCUCCCUGUUAAUGCCUUCGAUAAGCCCCUUGGAGAACUAAAUGAGACUGUCUCUGUGGACCAGAUGGCGACCUCCUUUGAUCAGGGAAAACCCACAGCAACCUCCUGGAUGAUAGGUGGUACUGACAACCCAAAGACAUUGUUCACUGAUUGCCACAGGACAACCAUCACUGCAAACAACAUGACAAUCUCCAAAGAAGGCAGCCAGAUGAAGACCCUCAGUGAUGAACAGACUGUCGAUGGAGGCCAGAUGACCUUUGUUGGGGAACAGACCCGUUUUGGAGGCCACAUGACUUUUGGUGGGAAACAGACCCGUUAUGGAAGCCAGAUGACUUUUGGUUGGGACCAGAACCAUUAUGGAAGCCACAUGACUUUUGGUGGGGAUCAGACCCACUAUGGAGGCCAGAUGACCUUCAGUAGGGACCAGACCCACUAUGGAGGCCAGAUGACCUUUAGUGGGGACCAGACCCGUUAUGGAAGCGAGAUGACAGCUCUUAAACGGGACUAUCCAGGGGACCAGAUGAGAGCCUACACUGAUGACCACACUCUCUCUGGAAGCCAUAUGAUGCCAUGUCAAUCGCCAUCAUUGCCAUACCUAGGAUUCCAGGACUGUUUAAGUUCCCAUUUGACCCAAGGACAAUCCCUAGGAGAGCAGAAGUCAGAACUCAAAACCAAGAGACGUCGGUUCCCGAAGAAUCGUGACUGUUUAAAGCCCUACCGUUGCACAUACCAGGACUGUAAGGAAUCAUAUUCAAAUUAUUGCUCUCUCAAAAUCCAUACUCGCAGACACACAGGAGAGAGGCCCUACAAAUGCAAUGCGAACGGAUGCACAUGGGAAUUCACCCGUUCAGAUGAGCUCAAGAGACACAACAGAAAGCACACUGGGGAGCGACCCUACCCGUGUGCUCUGUGCGGCAGGCGUUUUGCACGAAAUGAUCACUUGAAGCAGCACCAGAAAGUCCACCAGUGA